CUGUCAGUAGAGAGACCAUUUACUACCACCGGCUGAUCUAGCUAUAGCGGCAAUGAUACGGUCUGUCCUGUUUGUGCUCGUGGCCCUAGGCUACACCAGUGCUACCACCGUCGUCUGCAGGGACGGAGUCGACUUGCACCUGACGCUCCACCGAGAAGUCGUGGUUGUGACACCGGGUUACGACCGGGCAGAGAACUACCCGAACUCCCACGACUGUGCCGUAACGUUCACGGCGCCUACACAGAAGGUUCGCGUCGAUUUCGAAGACUUUGAUUUGGAAUCGAGCGUUCAGUGCCACGCCGACCGACUGGUCAUCCAAGAUGUACGAGACAGAAUCCUGUACCGGGCGGGAUCCUACUGUUCCACGGUACGACCAAAGUCCUACGUGUCUCUCACGAGCAGUCUCAAGCUCUCCUUCGUGAGCAACAAGCUACGCUCUGGACGAGGAUUCAGGAUCCGUGUCACGCCGACCGAUUCACAAACUGUCUGCGGCAGAGGAAGCUUCGAGUGCAGUAACCGAGAGUGCAUUUCUGCUUCCAAGCAGUGCGAUGGCAUCUAUGACUGUCAAGAUGCAUCGGACGAAAUACACUGCUCCCAGACGCCGAAUUUGCAGAGAGCCCAAUGCGGAAGGCCCGUCAUCCAGCCAGACGAAACAUCGAAUGACCGUGUCGUCGGCGGCCAGGAAGCUGUUCCACACAGUUGGCCGUGGCAAGUGAGCGUGCAGUUGAAGGUGUCCGAACCAUUGGAUCAUUUCUGCGGAGGCACCAUAAUCUCGAACCAGUGGAUCAUUAGCGCUGCACAUUGCUUCACCAGCUUCAAAAGGGCUGACGACAUCAUUAUUAAGGCUGGCCUUCACGAUAUGCUGAACCCUAGUGAGCAACUACAGAUCAGGACUCCGCAAAUCAUUGUCACGCAUCAAAAUUUGAGAGGCGGACUUGAUAUGAACUACGAUAUCGCCCUGGUCAAGGUUUCCGUUCCAUUCAACUUCACGGAGGCCGUACGUCCAGCAUGUCUGCCUGAAGACGACAAACCUCCUCCAGUGAAUGCCACUUGUUACUCCAGUGGAUGGGGACAGACUCGAGGCAGCGGCAGCGCUUUCCGUCUGAAACAGACCAGGCUUAACGUUGAAGACGUCAACUACUGCCGAAGCGGUCACAGGGCGCGCAUCGCAAGGUUAGGCAUCCACGGAGAUAACUCCAUCUGCGCCAGAAGUUUGGACACGAUCUCCGGACCUUGUCAUGGAGAUAGCGGAGGUCCCCUGGUAUGCAAGACUGAAGCCGGCCAGUGGGUUGUCUACGGAGCCACCAGCAUGUCCGCAGACAGCAUUGUCGCUGGCACUCUCUGCGGCAUGGGUGGAGUCACACUCUGGAAUAGCGUAGCCAGUCACAGGGAGUGGGUGCUACGACAAGUUAAUACGUACUGAACACCGAGAUAGUGGUACUGAGGCGCAAGGACAAGGGGUACAUAGAGGACAGCACCUUCAAUUCACACUCAUCGCUUCACAAUUCCAUAUAUCUCAGUUUGCAAGGUUUGUAGUCAUGUUGCUUAAAGAGCAUGGCAGGCGCCUCAAAUAUAUAUAUAUAUAUAUAUAUAUAUAUAUAUAUAUAUAUAUAUAUAUAUAUAUAUAUUUGUAAUUUGAUCGUGCACUCCCA